GGCUGCUCUCUCAAGUUCACCGACCACUAGCUGUCUAUUUGGGUAGUUUGGAUCAGGCUGUCCCUUUGCGGGAGAUUCCACAGCUAGAAGUCUUGUGCUUCGGAUAGACACGCCGACUUGAGGUCUAUUUUCUGGGCUUUAUUUUGGCUAUUUAAGUGGAUGUUCAAGUAGUUUUAUAGGCUUUGUUUCUCCAUGAAAUUUAUCUUGGAUGCGCCCAACCAAGAUGGACACGGCUUGUCUGCCGGUCGGAUGAUAAAUAAGGACUUCUUCCACUAGAUGUAGACUUUUCUGAUUUACCCGGUGGAGACGGUUUGUCUGACAUAGUGGAUGUUGUCGAACUGGGUCAGUCCCUUUCCGGAGGUGGCAGUCAUAUAAUGAACAUUUUCGCACUGGAGUUUCAGUAAACUUUUUCUAAUUAUUUUCCCCACGGACUCGCAAUGUCGGGAGUGGUCCGCACCCUAAGCCGCUGCCUGCUCCCAGCCGAGGCCACCCGAGAGCCGGGCGCGAGUAAGCAGGGCAGCCGAGAAAGGGACGCAGUGCAAGAGCGAGAGGCGAGGCGCCGGAGCCGGGAGAUAGAUGCCAUGCUCGCACGGGAGAGGAGAGCCGUUCGGCGGCUGGUGAAGAUCCUCCUUCUCGGGGCCGGAGAAAGCGGAAAGUCCACAUUCCUGAAACAGAUGCGCAUCAUUAACGGGCAGGAGUUUGAUAAGAAAGCGCUGCUAGAUUUCCGGGGCACUAUAUAUGAGAAUAUAUUAAAGGGUAUUCGAGUGCUGGUGGAUGCUCGAGACAAAUUGGGCAUUACCUGGCAGAGCUGUGAGAAUGAGAAGCAGGGCAUGCUGGUGAUGUCAUGGGAGGGGCGUGUGGGUGCCUCGGGGGUGGAGCCCGGUGAGUUCCAGCUCUACGUGAUGGCACUGAGCACGCUCUGGAUGGAUGCCGGCAUACAGGAGGCAUACACACGCCGCUCUGAGUUCCAGCUGAGCGAAUCAGUCAAAUACUUCCUGGAUAACUUGGACCGUAUUGGACAGCUGAGCUAUAUUCCAAGCAAGCAAGAUAUUUUGUUUGCAAGAAAAGCGACCAAAGGGAUUGUUGAGCACGACUUUGUCAUCAAAAAGAUUCCUUUCAAAAUGGUGGAUGUUGGGGGUCAGAGGUCACAGCGACAGAAGUGGUUUCAGUGUUUCGAUGGGAUCACAUCAAUUCUCUUCAUGGUGUCUUCUUCAGAAUAUGACCAAGUAUUGAUGGAGGACCGCAGGACAAACCGCCUGGUGGAGAGCAUGAACAUCUUUGAGACAAUCGUCAACAACAAGCUUUUCCUCAAUGUCUCCAUCAUCCUGUUCCUCAACAAAACGGACCUGCUGGUGGAGAAGAUCCACACUGUGGACAUCCGCAAGAACUUCCCUGAGUUCAGAGGAGACCCCCGCCUGCUGGAUGACGUACAGGAGUUCCUGGUUCAGUCGUUCAGUCGGAAGAGGAGAAACCGGGGGAAGCCACUGUUCCACCACUUCACCACUGCAGUGGACACAGAAAACAUCCGCUUCGUCUUUCACGCCGUCAAAGACACAAUUCUGCAGGAGAACCUCAAAGACAUCAUGCUGCAAUGACUUUCAUGCUUCUGUGACUGCAACUGUGAAACCUGCCACCAUUCCAGGCAUGAAGGAUUUUGCUCUGACACUCUGAUGAACCUAUAUAGGCACUGACAUGUGGAAGCACAGUGGAUCUAACUGAUAUUUGAACCUGUGCAUCCCAGCAGUUGUACAUGUAUGUUGACAACUGCUUUGAACCUCUGUAAAUGUGCAACUGAGCUGAAAGGUGGGAAACACCAACUACACCUGGGUUAGCACUGAGAGUUUCCUUCCCCUCGUAUACAUAAGACUGAUGACAGCGUUGUCACUAAACCGAGUUGGAGCACUGCCUCCUGAAAGCAGCAUGAGCCAGAUGGAAAAGGCCUCCACCUCCAGUACAUGUGACCAGAGUGGAGGGUCUGGCCCCUGACUGGUCAUAUGCUGCGUUAUGUGAUAAAGUUGCACAAGUGUUCCUGUCAGUGAACUUUAGCAGAGAGAAGAAGCAAGAGACCCUCUUGUGCUCCAUAUCUCUCUGUAUUUUUCUCCCAUCGUGUAACGAUGGGAGAAACAGCUGCAGAGAAGAAGUCUUAUUCUUCUAAUCUCCUCUCUCAUCUCCUGUCUUCAGCAGUACAAUGGACAGACUGCUUGUCUCGUCCCUUACAAAUACAAAUUGUAGACAGGCUAAUUAGAAAGUCAUCUUUGAUGAAAGGAAUACACAACUCCUGAGUUAUUACUCCUCUUAUGAUUUGUCUUUGUCUUCUUUAAAUACACCACAAACACCCCAGACUUCAUUCGGGGCUGGUUUGAAGUAUUUACUGGACAUAUUUUGGGUUUUUUUCUUUGUUUAACUUUUUCUGUUUUUUCGGUAAAUAUGAAGGGAACCGUGGUAAAUAUCUAUGCUGAAGUAUAACUGACCUAUUUCCCAUACUACUGCUUGAGAUUUCCGACUUGUGUUGCAGUUUGAAAGACAUAAACAGACUUAAACAGUAUUGAGGAACCUGAGCAAUUGCUAGACCUAAGAAAAUCACUGUUUACACGUUUGGCAAUACAGAUUAUUUUAUACAUUUAAUACCCCUUCUACAUUUAUUGAUGCUAAUGAUAUAGAUGUGAUAGAACACAUAUAAACAAAUCUUUUUUCACAGUGGUAUAAUCUCCCACUAAAAAGUAAGCACAAUAAAAAAUUUUAAUUAUUUGCUUUAUUAAAAAUUACAAUUUUCUGAAGGGAAAUCUUAAUUUUUUUUGGGAAAAAAUCAGAAAAAAAGAUCACCAUCACAAAAGGUGUAGUGUUUUUUUGGAAUGUCUUUAUUCAAAUGCAGAAAACUAGAUCUACCAGACUUUUUUGUCUUCAAGAGACUUUCUUGAUUGAAUACUUCAGCAUAUCGUCAGCAAAAUGAUUGAAUUGGAUCCCAUGAUGUCCAAUAAUUUUACCAAGAAGAGGCAUAUCUUUACAGACAAGAGAACUGGCUCAAACACCACACCCUGUGGUACUCUACAGCUAACUCAAAUGUAUGAGGAAGAUUUAUAAAUAAAUGAUGCAACUUCAACAUGAUUCAUCUCUUUUCACGCAUUUUAUACAUCUUUACCAAUGGUAGCAAUAAAAGUAGAGGUCACUGUAUUUAUUUUUCUGAAUGUUUUAUUCUCCUAAUUCUCAAAAUGGCACAGACCAUUAACUCAUUAAGGAAUGAGUUAAUGGAAAAUUAAGGAACAUUAAGGAAAUUAGAUGGCAAUUUUAAAUACUGACAUUUUACUAAUGAGGUCAUUCAUAGAAAAUCAAACAAAAAAACAGCAUAAAUUCCUAAUAAAAAAGUUCCAAAAAUCUAAACUGAUUGCUACCAUUUUAUAAAUAGAUUAUUUUAAAUAUUUAAAUAUUAGAGGCCCUUGCUUUGCAACAUUUUAAAGCACUGUGCAUUAAUAUAUUUUAGGAUGGAACAGAGGAGACAGGUGCUGCACUAAAUCAGUCUGAUUAAACUUAUUGAAUGUUGCUUUCAUCACUCUGUUUUAUGUCUGCUUUAUUGAAGAAAAACAUUCAAAUUCCAGCAAGCUGGUUCAUGCAACAGAGACUUUAGCAGCUUCAGAAGCCAAUGUUGAUGGAAAUGGAGAAUCUAAACGUAACAAAGUCAUUUCCAGCAGUACAAUACAGCCUGCAAAUACAUCCCUGAUUAAAUCUUGUCAAAUUUGAAGUGAUGGAAAAAAAGUUCUCACCCAAAAUGCUUUGAACAACGGAAAGCUUGAUGCUCUAAUAAUGCGUCAGCAGUAAUUCAAAUAAAUUAUUCUCCAACAAGGACAUUUAAUCUUGUGCACCUUUAGUUGCAUCAAUCAUGAGGGUGACAUGAGAGUGCAAAAAAUUUGUUUUCAGGUUGCGAAGAAUGCACUCAAGACCAAAAUGUAAAUAAAUCUAAAUAAAUAAAUGUGUUACUGUUUGUCAGGUUCGCCAGAGACAGUCAACUACUGUAUGCCUUUGUAAAUUUGCUAAUUAAAGUGGAGAAAUUUUUUGACAUGACUGAGUCGUAUUUUGGUACGGCAGCAAUAAGGACACCGGCCGGCUGCCUUUCUCACUCCCAGUGUUUCCUCUGCUUGACCAAGAGGUGGAAAAACAUGUCACUCACUGCACCACACACGCCUUAAUUAUAAUACUGUUAGUUGGUUUGCAAAGUGAGCAUGUUUUUUUCCUUUUAUACACUGAACACUGUAAAUUUCUGACUGACACUGUGUGUAUAUAAGUAUUACCAUGCAAAAGUCUCCAAUGAUCUCCCAUUUCUUUACAUUUUCCUUCCAAGGGGCCAGUACCAUGCUAUGUAUAACAGCUCCAGCAUCAUUCUCAGUUCAGAUCUUAGGCACUUUCAGAGGAGCGAUUAUUGGUUCAGCCUCUUAAGUCUGAGACAGAAAAACUUUUCAAAUUGAGAGUAGCAACAAACCCAUUUAAAAUUAUUUUUUAGGCAUUUAUCAAAUUUUUUCUGUUGAAAAUAUGCACAAAAAAAAAACUUGAUGGAAAAAUAAUAUGCUUUUAGCACCUUGGUGGAUUGUACUACAGAGGUGUUUGGCGAAGACCUGGCGUACAGUGGACAUUUAGCUGAAAGAUGAUCCAUCUUGUGGGUUGCUGGGAUUUUUGAUUUUCAGGCAUGACUGUAUAAAAUUAACUAACCCUCCUUCUUGCACACUUGUUCUGAUUUUUCCUGAGUGAGUGUCGUUGCACUGGAUGUUCGGGAGGAAAAUGUCAAAAUGAAGUAAAACACAGUUUUAAAAAGGCAAGCAGAAAGAGGAAAAAUCAGGAGAUUCCUUCAAUGUUUAUGUUUCUAUAUUUUGUUUUUUUCUGAUGCCUUUCCUUUGUGCUCUGUGGUGAAAUAAACUGCCUUUAGCUGACA